GGGAAUGUGCCUGCAACCAAGGCAACUCAAAAUUUUUCACUGCCAGUCUCUACUUCUUUGGUUCUGCAAAGAAAAACUAUAUCUCCAGCAGCCCCUCAAGUCCAGCAGUCCAGUAAAUCAUCAAACAGACUCAUGACUGAAAAACAGCAGGAAGAAGCAGAAUGGGAGAGCAUAAAUGUGCUGUUGAUGACGCAUGGCUUAAAACCUUUAGUUCUAGUCAAAAGAACAGAUCUUAAAGAUCUCAUCGUUUUUGACAAACGGUCAUCACAAAGGAUGAGACAGAACUUGCAAACGUUGAUGGAAGAAACAGCGCGUCAACAGAAUGUGAUCCAGGAGCUCAUAGAAACUAAUCAGCAGCUUAAAAAAGAACUUCAACUAGAAAAAUGCCGAGCAGUAGAUCAGGAACAACGAGCUAAUGACUUGGAAGAAAUAAUGGAGGGUGUGAAAUCCAAAAUUGGUGAAUUGGAGGAUGAAUCCAUAAAUAGAGUUUGCCAGCAGCAGAAUAAAAUGAAAGAUCUUCAAAAGGAGCAUAAAGCUUUACAGGCAAAAUGUCAGCAUUAUAAGAGAAAACAAAUGGAACAACAAGAGGCUAUUGCUUUUUUGCAAAAGGAUAUCUGUAGAUUAUCAAAGGAGGAGGAAGAGCGCAUUGCCACUCAAAACAGAGUAUUUUCUUAUCUCUGCAAAAGAGUUCCUCAUACCAUCUUGGAUAGACAGUUGCUUUGCCUAAUUGACUACUAUGAAUCCAAAAUUAGAAAACUUCAUAAACAAAGGCAAUAUAAAGAAGAUGAAAGUCAGUCGGAAGAAGACUAUAGCAGCCUUGAUGCCUCACCAACUUAUAAAGGCCUUCUACUGUCAUUACAGAAUCAGCUGAAGGAAUCAAAAUUUAAGAUUGAUGCACUUUUAAGUGAAAAGCUGAAUCUCCAAAAAGAUUUGGAAACCAGGUUUGAUGAAGAGUGGAAAGUUGUGGGAAAACGUGAUAGGACAAAAGAGUAUGAGCUAAGGCAUAUUUGUGAACUUGCCUACCUGCUAAAUUUUAUUUUUAAUCCCCAAAUCAGUAUUUGCCGCACUUUCAUAAUCACUCAUGGACAUGCCCAACACAAAUGUUUCCAGCUGUUGAACAAGAUGAUGUUCUGCCCUCUUGUUUCAGCCCUUAUAUACUGUAAACAAGCAUCCUUGUUAUCACAAUGCCACUCUUUUUUUUUUUUUUCAUUUUUGGGCUUUUUGUUGGUGAUUUCUCUGAGAUGGCUCCCAAGCUCUCAUGUGACAGGUACCCUUCCUGUACCAGGAGGAAAGGAGCAACUUAUCUCUGAAGAUAGAGGGACACCAAGAAGAAUCUGCGUUUCCCCCAGUUUACUACCCUUCGCUCAUACUCUUCUGUAUACACAAGAAGGCUGUGAUGUGCCUUACAGAAAAAAUACACGCGCCAGAAUACAAGAUUGUCUCAGUCAAAAGACUGAGGACACAGAGAAAAAAGAUGACUCCCGCAAAGAUAACCAGCAGCAGGCCCUAAUCGACCAGAGAUGCUUUCAGGUACUGAGUAGCAUCAAUUCAAUUAUUCACAAUCCAAGAGCUCCAGUAAUACUUUAUAAACAGAGCAAAGGAGGAGUCCAGCAUUUUAAUAAAGACUUUGAUCAAGAUUGUGGAUUUGAGCAUCUUGUUCCUAUCCUAGAAAUGUGGGCAGAUCAACUGACUUCCCUAAAGGAUUUGUAUAAGUCCUUGAAAACACUAUCUGCAGAAUUGGUGCCUUGGCAUAAUUUAAAGAAGCAGGAUGAAAAGGAAGGUAUCAGAGUUGAAGAUCUGUUGUUUAUAGUAGAUACCAUGUUGGAAGAAGUUGAAAAUAAGGAAAAGGACAGGAACAUGCCAAACUUUAAAACUUUGCAAGCUAUUGUUUCUCAUUUCCAAAAAUUAUUUGAUGUGCCUUCUUUAACUGGAGUCUAUCCCCGAAUGAAUGAAGUUUAUACUAGGCUUGGAGAACUGAACAGUGCUGUGAGAAACCUCCAAGAACUCUUAGAAUUAGAUAGUUCAUCCUCAUUGUGUGUGCUGGUAAGCACAGUUGGAAAAUUGUGUAGGCUGAUUAAUGAGGAUAUGAAUGAACAGGUUAUGCAGGUAUUGGGACCUGAGGACCUCCAAAGCAUUAUCAUCAAAUUGCAAGAACACGAGGAAUUUUUUCCAGCGUUUCAGGCAUUCACUAAUGAUCUACUUGAAAUCUUAGAAAUUGAUAACUUGGAUGCCAUUGUACCUGCAGUAAAGAAAUUAAAAGUACUUUCAUACUGAAAACAAAUCA